CACCCUCUACUCUUACCCCGUUUGCAUCCACGCGCACCACCUGUCCUUGGUCUCCUCUUUCUUGUUUUGCUUUGGCUUUCCCUCCCUCCCUCCGUCUCUUUUGCCUUGUCCUUGUCUUUGUUCAUAUUCCUGUUUCGAGAAAUCUACCCUGUUCAAUUUAUUCCAUUCCAUCACCGAACGACGAAAUGAAAAUCUUUGCACUGGCGGUGUUGUUUGCCUUGGCCAUGCCUGUGACUGCGUUGAACUACCAGAGCGUGCAGCCGGCAUACACAGCGCAGGCUUCUGCAUACGAUAUGAAUCAGAUCCAUUCUCUCCCAGUGCCAAAGAACAUGGAGCAGGAUUAUCGUGAAAUGCGCAUUGGUACCCCCUACGAUGAGGAAGAAAUGUACCACGUUGCCCGUGUUGCCUCCAUUCGUGGUGGUAUGGGUGAGAUUGAAGACUUUGAGAGCGAAUACAAGAGCAUGAGAAUGGGCAAUGUCUUCGAGGACAACGAGAUGUUUUCAGCUCCACGCGUGGAAUCAAUGCGCGGUGGGGCGGCUCCCCACCACACUUCUUCGUUUUACGAGAACCAGUACUCGCAGUAUAGAAUUGGCUCUGUAUUCGAAGAUGAGCUUCCUGCUCCCGCACCGGCUGGCUUCAAGAGAAGCCUUUCACUCCGUGGAGGAGGAGCUGAUGACUUCGAGAAGGAAUACCGGGAGAUGAGGAUGGGCUCCUUGUUCGAUGAGAACGAGAUGGAGGCUCCUCGCAUCGAUUCUCUCCGUGGUGGUGGUGAGGUCAAUUCAAAGGAUGUUGAGAAGAGCUAUUCGGAACUGCGCAUCGGCUCUGUCUUUGAUUAAUUAGUUACCGCGUGUGAUGAUUUACAUUUCUUUCUUAUAAUGUUAUUGUGUAUAGUUAGUAAAACUUGGAAAUCAG